GUUUGUUUCCAAUGUUAAUCUCAUUCAUUCAAUUCACUCGAAACCAUGGGUAUUGGACCAGAACUACCGCCGCACUUACAGAAGAGCCGUGCUACUGCUGCAGUUACACAUAAUGAAAGCGACGAUGACAGUGAUAGCAUCGGGCCAGGCAUAGGACCAAGUAUAGGGCCAAGUAUAGGGCCAAGUAUAGGGCCGAGUAUUGGUCCUAGCCAGCCGCCAGUACAGGACGAUGAUGAAGAGGAAACAGCUACCCCUGAUGACUUUGCUCCUGCCCUACCACCAGAGUUGCUAGAGGCGAGACGGUUAGCAAAAGAGAAGGCUAAUGCAACAUCAAAGCGCGUGCUUGGUCCGUCCUUGCCACCAUCUAUGUUGAAUUCUGGUGCGAGCCAUCAUGACGAUCAGAGUGAUAGUGAUGACGACAUUGUCGGGCCCGUACUACCCAAAGACUUGGAUCGGGAAGCCCUAGCGAAACAGAGCAAGAUUCAGGAAUUUGAAGAACGUGCAGAAAGGAUGCGGAAGAAACUUGCAGGAGAGGAAGCUAACGAGAAUGAACAUGUCGCGAAGGAUACAAAGAUAUCAAGAGAAGAAUGGAUGAUGGUCCCACCCGAAUCACGAGUCUUUGGGAAUGAUCCUCUCAAGGUCACUGCCAGAACAUUUCAGAAGAGGGAACAAAAACCUCAAGACUCAUCGCUUUGGACAGAGACCCCUGCAGACCGCGAAAAAAGACUACGAGGCGAGCCUACUGAUAGAGACGGCGAUGAUGAUGAUGAGAGGCGCAAACGGUCUAGGCGACGGGAUCGUGAUGAUGAGCCUCACCAGCCAUCCAAAGCAGAUAUCGAACGUGAGGAGAAGAUCCGGAAGUACAAUGCCGAACAUCGAUCAGAGACUCUGCUGGAGGCUCACAAGACUAAAUACAUUAAGAGCAAAGCAUGGCAAAAAGAUGGAGACGAUAAUCCUUCUGCUCGUCCCUUUGAUCGCGAGAAAGAUGUUUUGGGAGGUCGCCGUAUCGAUCAUCGUCGGCGGGAAGAGUUGGAAAAGCAAGCAACAGAUUUGGGUUCUAAAUUCGCACAUGGCAAGAGUGCCUUCCAGUGAUUUACAACAUGUCAUUGUGUAUAGUAGAGCCACAAUAAUAUAAAUGCUCAUUAUUUUUUGUAUGGGCUGAUGUGAGGAUAAC